GCGUCCCCGGUGCGCCCCACGUGCCGCCGCCGCCGCCGCCGCCAUGGGCGUGCUGCCGGUGCCGGCGGAGGUGCGCGCCAUCCUGCUGGACAUCGAGGGCACCACCACCCCCAUCGCCUUCGUCCAGGAGACCUUGUUCCCUUACAUCAAAGACAACGUGAAGGAGUACCUGCGUGCUCACUGGGAGGAGGAGGAGUGCCAGCGGGAUGUGGGACUGCUGAGGAAACAGGCUCAGGAGGACUCCAGCCUGGACGGGGCCGUGCCCAUCCCUUUGGAGAGCGGCAGCGGGGAGGAGGAGCUGGAGCGCGUCAUCCAGGCCGUGGUGGACAACGUGCACUGGCAGAUGUCCCUGGACAGGAAAACCACGGCACUGAAGCAGCUGCAGGGCCACAUGUGGAGGGCAGCCUAUGCCACCGGGCACGUCAAAGGAGAAAUCUUCGAGGACGUUGUUCCAGCCAUCCGGAAGUGGCGGGAAGCGGGGAUGAAGGUCUAUAUCUACUCCUCAGGCAGCGUUGAAGCCCAGAAGCUUCUGUUUGGAUACUCUACAGAAGGUGAUAUCCUAGAGCUCUUUGAUGGCCACUUUGAUACCAAAAUAGGCCCCAAGGUAGAAAGUGAGAGCUACAGGAGGAUUGCUGCCAGUAUUGGGUGUGCCACCAACAACAUUCUCUUCCUGACAGAUGUCCCUCGAGAAGCCAAUGCAGCCGAGGAGGCGGACACUCACGUGGCUGUGGUGAUCAGACCGGGCAACGCGGGGCUGACGGACGAUGAGAAAUCCUAUUACAGCCUCAUCUCCUCGUUCACCGAACUGUUCUUGCCCUCCUCCACUUAGGGAAAGCGGUGUGCGCACAAAAGACUGUGCUUCACCUAAUUGUCCUUGUGAAAUGUUAGGUCAUUUUGUCCAUAAUCAGAAUUUCAAACCAAAUCCACAUUAUGUCUUGGGCCUCGUGCAGGCAGGUAUGGAUGGAGAGUAUGGUGUGGGGUCUCUGGUGCAGUAGGACAGAGGCUGGCUGCCAGUUGGAGCUGGGAACAGGGCAGGGAGCA